CAUCAGGAGUGCUGGUUGAAACAAGUAGUUUGUUUUAUCUGUAGUUUUUCAACCAUUGUAAAUAUUGUCCUUAGACCUUUUUAGCUUAGAUGACUGUUAGAGAUAUCUGAUUAGGUGUUUCCUAACUUAGCACCUCAGUUUUUAUGCAUUUAGUGUAUGUUCACAGGUUCAUUUGCUAGUUUCUGUAUGAAAAUGAGAGAUAUCUGUGUAUGCCUUAAUCUCUAUGCAAUCUUUUAUCUAGUUGCCAGGGAUUUGAAUAGCACAAGCAAAAUAUAAGUGGUGCCGGUCCAUAUGUAACCUUGAUCUAUUAGUUCAAUAACAACUUUGUUAAUUGUUACAUUAGUUUUAGGCUAUGAUUCUUGAGUGAUCUAACUUUCUGCACGCUUGCAGUUCAUUGAUGCUAUUACACUUUUGAGUGCAGCUUUGUUUAUUGUCAGUGAAACUGCGCAUUCUAUUUCUUUGGCAGUUUUGAGCUAGUUUCGAUAAGCUAGGGUGGUGCAGUUGACAAGUUCGUGUCAUAUUGUUUCGAGGGCUAAAUAUAGAUUCAUCUACAGUUAAACAUGUUCUGCAAAAUAGAAUGUUUGAACAUCUGGCAUGUGGAGCACAUGAAAUAGUCGUUUCUUGUCCCUGACAAAUUGAUCUCACUCAUGAUGGUUUUUGCUAUACUUGCAGGCUGACCACCUCAAACUGAACUUCAAAGGCAAGUAUUCAGAGUCAUACAGAGAUUUACAUCCCAGUAUCCCAUUGCUCCUGUUGUCGUGCCAUGGAUGUCUGGUGUCAUCAGUGCAUGAGCUGCCAGCCCCAGCAGCUCAUUUGAGGCUUGGACUGAUACAGCUUGAACCGACAAAUCUCUAUACACCUUUUCUUUUCUUUUCUUUUUGUCAUUAUACUGUUUUGCGUUUUCUUCUUGCUGCCCUGGUAUAUACGAUGUAGAACUUAGCUUAGUCCACUUGGCAGCGAAAGUUUUUGAGGGAUGCUUGUUGAGGUACAAUUGGAUUUGGUGGUGAUCAGCUCAAUUCAAUGAUUCACCCUAUUGUGAUCUCCCAACUUGCUCUCUGAUCGAUAUUCGUGUGAUCAUGAGUUCAUGGCAAUGCCCAUUUGUUAUCUCGAGCCCUGAAGAAGCUCCAUACGCUUCUGAAUUCUGACGUCGGUGUGUCAGUGUCACUGUGUUGCAACUUCGACGAAAGCGGCACGAGGAAUCGGACACAGACGGCUAGGACUUGGCCGCGCCACACGUCGCGGUCGGAUCUUUAGCUGCGUCUGGCCUUUUCCUCCUCGCUUACGCUACACAUCGCGGCAGCUACCACCAGCCAGCCAUGUCCGGCGGGGUCGGCGGAGGCGGGCGGCGAGGCUGGAGCCCGUUCGACGCGAUCCGAAGCUUCCCGUCGACGCCCGAGUCCCUCAUGUCCCAGAUCGACGCAGCCAUAGCCUCCACCGAGUACGCCCGCGCCUGCGCCCUCCUCGACCCCGCCCCCGCCUCCGCCUCCUCCCAGCCGGAGCCGCGGCCGCAGCCUCCGUCCGAGGGCAGGGAGGAGGAGGCCCCCGCCUGCUACGACGCGAGGGUCGCGGACGAGGCGUACCGGGCGGCGUGCGCGGCGCUGGGGGCUGGGCAGCCGGACGCGGCCGUGCGGUCGCUGCGGGUGGCCCUGGCGAGCUGCCCGCCGGAGAAGACCGCGGCUGUGGCCAAGGUGAGGUCCAUGCUGGCUAUCGCGUCCGCGCAGCUGCACAGGCAGCAGCACCAGGCGCAGCAGAGCAGGAAGUGAGGUGCUUCUACUUCAUCGCUGCAGGAUUAGUUUCUUCUGUUUGGAUUUCUGUUAUUAAACACUUGUAAUUACUACUGGGGAUCUCAUUAAGACAUGAUUAGAUGCAUCGAUCCUUCCAUUAAUGCAUCCUGUUCCAGUUGCAAUGGCUGCAUCCUGUUCCGUUGCAGAGGGUGUACUUGAACAUGGAAAAUCUCGAACAAUCAUUUGAGCAAAUAUCAUAAUCUCUUCUUUGUA